AUGACCACUCCACACAAACACAAUAAAAAGGCCAAGGAGGAGGGAAUGACCUUACCUCCCACCAAAAAGAGCCAAAGCCAUCCUCUUCUGCAGGUGAAGGAUGAAGUGGAUGUCGAUUCCUUCAUGAUGGAUCUUGAACAACCACAAAAGUCACCAACAGAAAGUUUACCAAUGUCAUCGUUCACCGUAGCCACUGGUGCCUCUGCGUUGAUGGAAUCUCUGACCCCCAAGGAUCUGGAAAUGCUUGCAAACCUUCUCAACCCAAUCAUGCGUGAUCAGAGUGAAAACAAAGAGGAACAUGCAUUGCCCACACCUACAAUGAAUUCUGCCGGUGAAGAGGACAAGAAGGAUGACUCAGAGUGGCAUACGCCCUACAGUGACAGCACCUACUCUCUAUUCUAUUUGUGCAGUGUCGAUAGCCUUGCAUUCUGGUAUGCCGUUUUUGUCUAUGUCAUUCAGAUCACUACCAUUCUGCUGACACUGAUUGACAUUGUUGACUGGGGUGGAGCUGGGCUCAAGAUGCCACCCAAUGUUGAUUUGAGUGUUACAAUUGCUCAAGGUGUCGCCCUUUUCCAGGCCAUAGCUUUCCAAUCAGACCUUCUCGAAGUUGUUGCAAAAUCGAAAGAUGGAUUCCAUCCAGAGGUGCUUGAAAAACAUCCUGGAGCAACAUAUGCUACUUGGCUCCUCUCUUGUAUUGCUCAGCUCAUUGCUGGCCUCCUGCUACUUUUGACCAUCUACAUCUUGACCAUGCAAGUUGACAGUGUAUUGGGAAUCAUGCUCAACUUUGCAGCACUACAUUUCAUGGCAGAUAUUGAUGACGCCGGAUUCUCACUUGCCAAGGCAGGCUUUAUGGGAAACAGGCUUCAGCAUGCCGCCAAUGAUGUAACCGACUUCCAAGUCCGCAAAGCAUCAGUAGGGCAAGGAUUUCUACAACGUUCGUGGAAGGCUGGGGUUUUUCUUUUGAUCCUUGUUGUUAUGGUGGCUGGAUGGAUUACUAUUGUUGUCUUUCGGACGUCAGGCAAAUUCAUGUGCAAUACCAUCAUUGUGAAUAUGGGAGAUAACUUUGUUCCCUCCCUAGGAACGUUCAACGGAUUGUAUGACUUCGAUUUCUUAACUGGGUCCGGGCUGGAGUGGCGAGCGGAAUAUGUGGAGAGGCGCUCUGUGGAGAUUGACACUCCUGGGAAAGGUGUUUUUGGGUACUGCAAUGACAUCAACGCUUGGACAUUUCGGGUGCAACCAAAGGACAAUCAGGAGGAUUCAGAUCCUUGUGACUGGAUUGCCAGAUCUUCCGAAACACACACCUAUGAUAUCACAGAGACUGGGAGCAUCCAGUGGUUUGUCCGCGAUGAAACAAACCGCGAAGUGGUGCUGGAGCCAUUCAGCCUUUUUUGCUUUGAUUGCUCCAAUGAGGAUGCAGACGGAAGCGAUGACUGUGGUGGGUUAGGUACCUGCAGCAAUGCUGUCUGUGCCUGUGACGAUGGAUGGUAUGGUCUCAGAUGUGAGUUUGUCAGUCCCUGCUCAUGGAUCAACAUUGAUGCUAGGACAGAAAAGUUUGCCAGUACCAGGGAUUGGGCAAGUAGCUACCAGUCCAUUGACUUGGGCAAUGGCACGCUGGUGGAAGCAUACCAUCGACCAGUGUACAUUCACGAGUAUGAGAAUGGCGAAUUUGAUGCUGUCAUGUUCACGGGUGGGCGCUGGGCUUUGACUUCAUCUGUGUUCUUGCCUCAUGCUGGAAGGAUCCCUUCCAAUGCUCUAUCUGAUGGACAAGAUGAUCUUGGUUCUGAUAUUGGAAACUACUUCACACAUGCCUUCCAUGGAUAUAAGGGCUUCUCUACCAACUAUUCUAUUGCUUUCCUCAGUGACUACAUUGCAAUGGGGACACACUUGAGCUCUAGCUCUCCAGUUGGCUUCUCUUGGUUCUUCACAGAAGAAGCUAGAGAUCAGAAUAUGAACCAGGGAAUUGGGAAUGAGAUUACUACAAAGUUUCUUUGUCACACAUGUGAGGAAUCCUCAAACCCUUGCCUGUAUGAUGGCAAAUGCCUUGAAGGGGAAUGUGUGUGCUCCCUUGACUCUUUUGGAAGUCUUUGUGAAGUCCCACCAGUCCACAACGGACAUUGCAACCCCGUCUUCAAUAUACCCGAGUUCAAGAUGGAUGGUGGUGAUUGCUGUGAAUCUACUUGUGUGAGCACAUCUCAGUAUGUUUGUGGGGCUGAAGAAGAUGGCUAUGUCAGCAUAGGAUACUACUACUGCAAGCAGCAAAAGGAUGAAUGGCAGAGCACUCUUUUGAAUGGAGAUGCUGGCUCCUUUUCUGGGUAUGCCUUGGCUCUUGCGAUGGAAUCAAUGGCUGUGUCUGAACCGUCGCAGGACCGUGUCCGCAUCUAUGACAAGGUUGGAUCUUCCUGGAUCCUUCGAGACACUAUCUUGGGGUCCCGUUUUGGGGAUGGCUACCGAACUCUUCGAAUCUACAGAUGCAACUCUGAUGGUUGUACACUUUCACAAGAGUUCCCACUGGUAAAUGCCUUUGCUUUGUCUGACGAUGGCACAGUUCUCGUGACGUCCUUAUUCGUACUUGGCCAGGCUCCCCAAGUGAUUCGAAUCUAUGAGGCCCAAGAGACAUCAUUUGAGUUUCGAGCAGAUUUAAAUCGUACAAGAAAUGGUACCCUGGCUGGUGUCCAUUCCUUGUCAUUGAGUGGAGAUGGUAGCAGAAUGGCUGUGCAAACUCAGAUGACAGGUAUCGACCUACACACAAACUUCCCCAUAGUAACAGAUGCGAACAUUGUUGUUAUGGCCCGGGAUGCAUUGACUGGUGACUAUGCUGAUGAAACUGAGUUUCGGUUUGAGACUCAUCUGAAAUAUGUUGAUGCUUACUUCCCGUUGUCAGUGGCAUUGAGUCAAGAUGGGAAUGUUCUUGGCUAUGGCUUCCCAUUGUGCUUGGAUGGACAGCUUCAUAUCCAAGCACGCAAUGAUGAAGGGGAGUGGGUGCCUCGAGUUUCCCCCACAACACAUAUCGAAGACUGCAUUGACAGUGAACGUCCAGUUGCAAACAAUGCCUUGUCACUUUCAGGUGACGGAUCCAUCAUCGCCUUCAGGGUUGGUUCACAUGUUAGAGUUUUUGAGUGGCAGUCUGAAGCUGAAUCUUGGAAUGAUGUGAGUGGUCCUUUUCCAUUGCUCCAUUACCCAGUUUCCUUGUCUUCAAGUGGAAGGGAGCUGGCAGUUGGGACUCCUCAAGAAGGCAUUGGUGGAGUCACAACAGUUUACUCACUGCCAGGAAGAAAGGAGUGCCCCACAGGCAUGUCACUCCUACGUCUUUCAGUGACCCUUGAUAGGUUCCCUGGAGAUGUUGUGUGGAAUCUUAUGGACAAUGUUACUGGUGCAAUCCUCUUUGAGCACGAAUCGUACCCAGAGGAAUAUGCCUUUGCAACAAUUGUUGAGGAAAUCUGCAUCCUGGCUGAACCUUGCUACGUGUUUACAAUGUACAACAGGUGGCAGCAUGGCAUGAAAGCCCCAGGGCAGUUCAGCCUCUUCAUGGAUGGUGAAAAAGUUGUACAUGAAUCCUUUGAUGGACUCUUUGUGAAGGAAUACUUUGGGAACUGUCUAUCUUGCCCUGCUGGUACCGAGAGGUUGAACAUCAUGAUGCUUGCAUGUGAACAACAGAUACCAUGGGAGCUGCACAAGUUCAUUGAAGCCACCAAUGAUAUGGACUCCACAAGCAGCAACUAUAUAUACUCGAGCGAUCCAGAGGAUGAAAGGGAGAUCCCACCUCUAUGUAGCGAAUAUUUCGACACGGAGAACUGUACCAAUUGGAUUUCCUAUGAAACAUGUUUGGACCCAACAGAGUGCUAUGCAUUCACAUUCCUUUCCAAUCUUCAAGCCCUUGUUGAAAUUUUUCUUGGGGAGCACACAGGAAAACCAAGUGUAGAAGAACUGUGUGGCCUGUAUAGCUUCUAUUUCGGCAAUGAAGAGAAGUGCUGGACAGGAAAUGCCACGAUCGUUCAUAUCCAAAAUGACACUUUGAAUUUCUAA